GUCAAUACAACAGUGUUAUAUUUUUUUGUAGAUACCGGAGCAAUACAAACUCGAAAAGCAAAUUUUACUUUGUCAAUCCAGAUGUCUUUUCAGCCAGCUUUUAACAAUUUAAGCUCACCUCCAUCCCUAGAAUUCAUCGACAUAUUAGAACGACAGCUCGAGGACCUAUGCAAAAAAGCAGAUCCACAAACCUUUAAAAAAGUGGAAGUCAUCGCAUUAUUAGAGGGAAGUGUUGUUGCAGAGAGUGUGGCGGAGUACAGCUAUCCAAACAAUGAAACUCAAAUCCAGUUUAUCAACACUCAGCUUGAUGGGGUGUUGACUGAUAUCUUGAAUGACACAAGUAACCUCGAUAAGAUUUCUCAGGCCUUUAAUAACAGCCGUGUGAAGUUAAAUGGACUCACCUUCCAACCACCUACAAUUACCAAUAUUACAGAUCUGAAGCCAUAUGUUAACUGCACUCAGUUUGCUAAUUACACUGCUGAGAUAAGUAAUGGUCAAUGGCAGUGUGUUGGACCUUGCAAAACAAACCCUGAUUACUGUCAUCAACAUGGACAAUGUGUCAAUGAGAUUCUCAAAGGGCCCAUCUGUAGGUGCUUUGAGUCUAGCUUGAAGCAGUUCUAUGGCCCACAGUGUGACCUCUUCCAUUGGGGUCCAGGUUUCUAUGGAGCACUGUUUGGAUCAUUGGCAGCAGCGCUUCUGCUUUUGAUUAUCAUUGUCAUUGCUGUCAUUGUCAAAAAGAAAUAUAUGGGAAUUUGGAAAAGGAGUAAUUCCUAUAACAGAAGACUGUCUGCUUUUGAGGAAGACUUCUUUGACUUCUAUGAUACAGGGAGUCCCAAUUUUGGAUUGGCAGGCUCUUACACAUCAGGGAGUUUUAGGCCGCAUCUAGAAAAUGUUGACACCCAGUUGCAGGUCACAACAAGACGUCCAGAGGUUUUGAACAUCAACCCUAGAUGAAGGCUACAGUCUGGAGAAUUUAGUUUUAAUUAGAAUGUUUUCCAUGUUAGCAGUUAAGAAAGAUACAGAUCAGUAUGAGUUAUGAACUGUGUGUAACACAUGAAAUAAUAUACUAGUGUACUGC